CAAAGGUCCAGAACGCCUGUCCAUUUUCCACUUCAGGAGUUUAUCAGGUAUUCAGGUAGGCCGUGACCACCACCACUGUGAGUGGUGGGUGCAAUGGACGACCUCCUCUCCCCGUGCUCCUCCUUCUCCCCGCCCUCGCCGCCGUCCUUCUUCUCCUACUCCGGCCACCCGAUCAUCGCGUUCACCUCCUGCGAGGUCCCCGAGCAAUGGCUGCUCGGCGACGUCGUCGUGGCCAAGAACGAGGCUGGCUACGACGACGUGGACGAUCUGUGGCCCGUGGGGAGCACCCUCUUGCCGGAUUCCGAGCUCUCCGUGCAGCCGCCGCCGCCUCAGCCGCCGCCGCCUCCUCAGCCGCCGCCGCCGCCGCAGCAGGAGCAGGAGCCGAGCGCCACGGUCCCGGCGGCGGCGCAGCGGCCGGGGAAGCGGCGGGGCCGGAAGCCCGGGCCCCGCCCCGAGGCCCCCACCGUGAGCCACGUCGAGGCCGAGCGGCAGCGCCGGGAGAAGCUGAACCGCCGGUUCUGCGACCUCCGGGCCGCCGUGCCCACCGUGUCGCGCAUGGACAAGGCCUCCCUCCUCGCCGACGCCGCCGCCUACAUCGCGGAGCUCCGCGCCCGCGUCGCUCGGCUCGAGGCCGAGGCCAGGCGGGCCGCCGCCGCGAGGUGGGAGCCCGUCGUCGCGGCCUCCCGCGGCGGCGCCCCCCCGGGAGGAGCGCCGCCCGGCCGCGGCGACGAGGCGGUGGAGGUGAGGAUGCUUGGGCCCGACGCGGCCUCGGUGCGCGCCACGAGCGCGGCCCCGCACGCGUCCGCGCGGCUGAUGGGCGCGCUCCGCUCCCUGGAGCUGCACGUCCAGCACGCCUGCGUCACCCGCGUGCACGGCCUGACCGUGCAGGACGUCGUCGUCGACGUGCCCGCCCAGCUUCAGGACGACGACGGCCUCCGCGCCGCGCUGGUCCAGGUGCUGCAGGAGCAGGACAGCGGCUAGCCACAGCUCGAGACCACCGCGGAGCCCAUCGACCUACUAGCUCCGAUCCUUCCCCGUCCGUACUGUCACAUCGUCAGUUCUCGCGUUGCGUAAGAGCAGCGCUAAAAUGGAGCGGAUCAAGGUAGGUAUGUAACACUGAUGAUGAUGAUUAAUAAGAGGGUGAAACACGAUGGAAAGUAUCCGGAUUGCGUGGACGUCGUCUCAGCCUGUUCCAUGGAAUAAAAAGUGUUUGCUGCUCAAGGGCCUUGGAUCCUCCAGCAUCAUCUGACGAUCCAUCAAAAAAUGGUGAUGCCGAAUAACGAUUGGCCAAGGUGUACGUACGACGUGUGGCAACCGUGCCGUGUGUAGUAGUAGCAGCAGCAGCAGCAGCAGUAGUACUCUGCUUAUUAUAGUGUGUAUGUGUUGCUAAAUUAUAUAUUAUGGAUUUGCACUGCUUAUGAAACCUGAGUGAUUAAUUUGUUGGCUAGAGCUAUAUAUCCAGACUUUUUUUUUCUU